GCGAUGCCCCCGCCUCACAGGAUGAACACAAAGUCCCCCGGGCCCCAUCACCAUCUGCAGACUUCGAAAGCACGCGACGACGCAUGACGUUCGCCGUGCCCGAGGCCAUCUCCGAAAUUCUCCCCCGAACGCGUAUAUAGGGCGACUGGUCAGGUGCGGCGCUACACUUCCCUCCCUCAUUCCCUGUUCCGUCGUCAUGAGCGCCUUCACCAUCCUUGCCGGCGGCUACGAUUCGUCGAUCGCCGCGUACGCGUUCACGCCCGACAACGCGUCGCUUACGCUGGUGAACACGUACCCCUCGGGCCAGAAUCCCUCCUGGAUCAGCCUGAACCCGAGCAACACGAGCGUUCUUUAUGCGACGAACGAGAACACUGAAGGGGGACUGCAGUCCUUCAUCAUCGGCUCGGACUUUUCCCUGAGCGCGGCUGUCGAUACCGUCGCGUCUGGCGGCGAUGCGCCAGCCUACGCGACCUGGCUCAGCACCGGAGAGGUUGCUGUUAUGAACUAUAACAGCGGCGACGGGCGCAUCCUCCCCACCAGCAGUCCCGAGACCUUCACCGACGACGCACCUCUCCUCACCUUCCCCGUACUCAAGAACAUCUCGCAUCCGCAUAUGGUCUACGAGUACGAGGACGAGGUGUUGGUCACAGAUCUGGGCGGUGAUGUCAUCUGGCGUCUCAAGCAGCAGAGCGCCGGCAACUACGAGAUCCAGGGCCAAAUCGCGCAGCCAGACGGUAGCGGACCACGUCACAUCCAGAUCGUCGACGACUACCUCUAUACCCUCCACGAGCUUGCGUCCACCCUUACCGUGCAGCAGAUGCCCGCUGCGCCCAACGGCACCUCAGAUAUCAUCUCGGACGUUUCCAUCAUCCCCGACGACGCGCCGGAGGGCUCUGCGUGGGGUGCAGCAGAGAUCCUCAUCCCUGCCACUACGGACGCCUUCCCAACCCAGUACAUCUACGUCUCUAACCGCAACAUCGGCAACGUUACGGACCCGAGAGGCGACACCGUCGCUAUCUUCGAGCACGUCAACAAAGGCGAGGACGGCGAGGAGCUCAAGCUCAUCAACCAGUUCUACACUGGAAUCAGCCAAGUCCGCGGCAUGGAAUUCAGCCCAGACGGCGCAGAGUACCUGGUCGCAGCUGGUGUGGUUGGCGAGGCGGGCACGAUCGUCUUCCGCCGCACCGAGAACGGCACGAACUUUGAGAAGGUGGCUGCCAACCUGGAGAUCCCGACGCGGACGAGCUUCGUGUGGCUGCAGUAAGAUCAUACUAAAUACCCAAUGUAACACUCACUGGUCCAGUGCGGUCCCCGCAUUUGCCAUUCGUUAUACAAGAUCAGACGGAAAUGAUGAGUGUGGGAGCUACGAUGUAGACUUUGAACCUUUAUCUAGCAGCACAUCUCACUGGGCAAGUUAUCGAGCCACGGAUAUGCCUUGCUGGACCUUCCGAAAACAGAGCAAUGGGGAUCGA